AUUCAAAACUCCUAGUCGGCGAAGAACCGCGCCUUCUCUCACAUUUACUUUCCACUAGACACUCGACAGAAGUUGCAGGAGAUGAAGACGCUGAAUCGCCGGUCUAAGAAAACAGAAGUUGCUGAUGCUGAUGAUAUCAAGCAACAUUACGAGAAAAGGAUCCGAGAUUUGGAGCUCGAAAAUGAAUGUUUUAAGAGGGAGAUUGAGGGGCUGAGGUGCAAAUUGAUUAAUAUUUCAUCCACCCCUGAUGUUGAUACUGGAAAGUUGAAGGGAAAUCAUCUUCAAAGAUCAAAUGCUAUCGGAGAACAGGUUGUGGAGUCUAGGAGACAAAAAUUGCAAUCUCAACUCUCAAUAAAAAAGCAUAAAAGUGAGGAGAUGGCCAAGCAAUCUCCUGAUGAAAUUCAAAAGCUGAAGGCACAGAAGGUUCAGCUUCAGUGUAAGAUCAAACUUGAUUCUGUUCAGUACAGGUUAUGUAAAGCUUCACUUAAGAAAGAAAUCCUUCAGCUUAAGAAAGUUCAACGGAGGAAUGAAUACAAGAUAUCUAUACUGUUAGCAUUGAACCAGAGGCAGAAACUGGCCCUGCAACGAAAAAAUGAAGAAGCUUUUGUUGCUAUGAAACGACUUACAGUGUUAGAAUCUAGAAAAACUUUAUUUUACAGAGCAGCUGUAAUAACCACUCUUACUCUUACUUCCGUAUCAGUUUAUGCAGUAAACAUGAUGGCUGAUGAAAUGAAUAAUUUCAUGCUUGGGGCAGAGAGACUGAAGGAAGAAAAUUCUAGUUGCAUGUUAGAGGAGAAUGAAGUUGACUGCAGACUGAUGGAUUCAGAGUUAAGGGACCUCAAAGAAGAAAUUACCAGGCUCGCUAGUUUGGUUAGCCAAAUUGAAAUGCCUAAAUCACACCUUAGUGAAUCAAAUAAGUCUCAUGUAGGUCCAAUUGGAUCGUCUGGUUCUCUUGGGAGCAGCAUUCACUCACUGGACAUGGGUUCAUCUCCAUCAGAACAUUCUGAGGGAAACAUGGCAUCUGUGGAGAAAAGUAAAACAAAUGCCUGCUGCUCCUGUAGUAGGAAAUCUUUGUGCAAAACGCUUAAAUGUGAAUGCCGGGCAGCUAGCAGCAGCUGUGGGAUGUCUUGUGGUUGUGCAAUUUCUAAAUGCACUAACAGAGAAGUUUCAGCCAAGUCAGACGAUUCAUUGAAGUUAGGGGUCACUAAGGCAACUGCCACUCGCUUAAGCAUUGCUGCGAAAGAGAAUAGCAAGGACUUUGCUUCGCAACCUGCAGAAAUUGAGAAACUUCCUGAUAUAAAUGACAAUGGUGGGACAAGGAAACAACCAUUACAUGACAUCAGCAAUGCACUGAUCAAAUCAAUUGCAGUAAGAACAGGUCGGAGAAAGCAGAGAAACAUGUAGUGCAAAUUGUCAGAUUUUGUUAGGUUGCUGUGUCAGCAUUACUCUCAAGUAACAAAACUUUGAGAAAGAAGAUUUUGAUAAUGUGAUUGCUGUGAGAAAGUUGAACACUGAGCCUGGCAGUUAAGUCGUAAAAAAGGAAAUCAUGAAUUGCUUUUUCUCUGAACUUUUGGAAGGACUGAGAUCUCUAUAAGCAUUCGGCAUCUGUCUUUGCGCUUUUUAGUUGGGAUCUGCUGUUAAGAUAUCAUUUGCGGUGAGAUAAAUGAAUCUUCUGUACUUUGAUCGCUAUCUGUAAUAUCAGUGGCAUCUGUCUUUGCGCUUUUUAGUUGGGAUCUGCUGUUAAGAUAUCAUUUGCGGUGAGAUAAAUGAAUCUUCUGUACUUUGAUCGCUAUCUGUAAUAUCAGUGGCUGUCAAAAUCUAUUUUACUGAUGUAAGCUGCAUUCAGUUUGCAGCGAAGAUGAGUUGUAGUUUUUAGAACUAAACUGCGUGUGGCAUGUAAAUGCUAAUCAAGAUAGAUCCAUAUUUUGCAGUACAGUCUUUUAAUCAGUA